GAUACUGAGUUGUUCAAUUGUUAGCCCAAAGAAAAAUGGCAGCCACCACCAUCCGGUUGUCAUCCUAUCUGUGUUAUUUGUUGUGGAUAGUGCAGGUGCUCUCGGUCAAUCGAGACAACUUCAAAACAUGUGAUCAGAGUGGAUUUUGCAAGCGACAUCGCAACGUACAGCCAGGGAAUAGUCCGUAUGUUGUACUGGCAGAUUCAUUAAAAAUCACAGAUUCUCAAAUAAGUGUUCAUCUACUAAAUAGCAAAACAAAUGUGAGACUUGGUCUGGACUUGUAUGGCUUACAAGGAAACACAGCCCGGGUAAAAAUUAACGAGCUGGAACCACUUAAGCCUCGUUACGAGAUUCCUGUUGGGGAUGUUCUUAUUGGUGAACCAAAACAGCAGAACCUUAAAGUUUUAGAUCGGGGUUCAGGAAGUGUAACAUUAGGACUGGAGAAAAGUAAGAUCGUUCUUUCGUAUUCGCCAUUCCGUGUAGACUUCAUAUCUGGAGAGGAGCCUUUGGUCAGCAUCAAUUCACAGGGCCUGCUGAAAUUCGAGCAUUUCAGGAAGAAGCCGGGCUGGGUCGACAAGCUGACUUCUGUAUUCUCAUGGUUUUCCCAACCUUUCAGAGAGGCUCAGCCAGAGGAACAAGCCCCUGCGGAACCCACAGAAGAAGAGAAAAAGGAGGAAGAAGGUGAGAAGAAGGAGGAAGAUGUGAAGGAGCCGGAACAGGAAGAAGAGUCUGGACUGUGGGAAGAAACUUACAAGUCUUUCCAUGACCCUAAACUCAAUGGUCCAUCCUCUGUUGGGAUUGAUGUCUCCUUCCCGGGUUUUGAGAAUGUGUAUGGAAUUCCUGAACAUGCAGAGAGUAUGGCGCUGAAGACCACAAAAGACACUGACCCGUAUCGUUUGUUUAACCUGGAUGUGUUUGAGUAUGAACUCUACAACCCAAUGGCUCUCUAUGGAUCUGUGCCUGUCAUGUGGGCACACAAUGAGAAAAGUACUGUGGGUAUUUACUGGAACAAUGCCGCAGAAACCUGGAUAGACAUUAGCUCUACCACUGCAGACAAGAAUUUCUUUUCUAAAAUUGCUGAUCUUGUGAAGGGGAACACCGAGAUGGCUCAGAUGGAUACCCAUUGGUUCUCGGAGAGCGGGAUAAUCGAUAUUUUUGUCAUGCUAGGACCACGCCCCAAAGAUGUGUUUAAACAGUAUGCUGCUCUGACUGGAUCCACAGAACUCCCCCCACUGUUUGCGAUAUCAUACCACCAGUGUAGGUGGAACUACAACGACCAGGAUGAUGUCAGGAAUGUGGAUGCCAACAUGGAUGUAUAUGACAUUCCGUUUGAUGUGAUUUGGUUAGACAUUGAACAUACAGAUGGAAAAAGAUAUUUUACUUGGGAUGCUCACAAGUUUCCAGCCUCCAAAGAUAUGUUGAAUGGUUUGUCUGUGAAAGGAAGAAAGAUGGUGACCAUUGUGGACCCCCAUUUAAAGAGAGAUGAUAACUACAAAGUGUACUCUGAUGCCAAAAACAGGGACAUGAUGGUGAAAGGAAGCAAUGGAGUGGAGUAUGAGGGGUGGUGCUGGCCAGGGUCCUCAAGUUGGCCAGACUUCCUGAACCCCGAGGUCAGAAGGUGGUGGGCUUCCAAGUUUCAAUACAAUGAGUAUGAUGGCAGCACCCCAGAUCUGUAUAUCUGGAAUGACAUGAAUGAACCGUCUGUAUUCAACGGACCAGAAAUAACGUUCCACAAAGAUGUACAGCACUAUGGAGGAUUUGAAAACAGAGAUGUGCACAAUUUGUACGGUUUUUAUGUGCAAAAAGCCACAGCUGAGGGAAUCUUGAUGAGAUCCAACAAUGAACAAAGACCUUUUGUUCUCACCAGAGCAUUCUUUGCUGGUUCCCAGAGAUUUGGUGCGGUGUGGACAGGGGACAACAUGGGGGAGUGGUCACAUCUCAAAGUGUCCAAUCCUAUGUUACUGACGCUAAACCUGGCAGGAAUCACGUUCUCAGGAGCAGAUGUAGGGGGCUUCUUCAGGAAUCCCGACAGCGAAUUGCAGACUCGCUGGUACCAGGCUGCAGCUUUCCAACCAUUCUUCAGAGCACAUGCCCACAUUGACACGAAGAGGCGUGAGCCAUUCUUAUUACCUGAGGAGAACAUGAAAAUUGUCCGAGAUGCUAUUCGACUGCGGUACAGUUAUCUCCCUUUCUGGUACACUCUGUUUUACCAUGGUUAUCGUAGCGGAGAGACAGUAAUGAGCCCACUGUGGGUGGAAUAUCCAGAAGACAAAAGCACAUUUAAAAUGGAUGAUCAAUAUUUGUUAGGAUCUUCACUUUUGGUUAAACCAAUCACGGAGCAGGGAUCCACUGGUACAACCGUAUAUUUCCCUGGUAACAGUGAUGUGUGGUACGACACAGAGACAUAUCAGAGUUAUGCUGGCUCCCAGAGCACAUAUGUAAAUGCACCUCUUGGAAAAAUCCCAGUCUUUCAGAGGGGUGGAGCUAUUGUCCCACGCAAAAUGAGGGUGCGGAGGUCCUCGUCUCUGAUGGCAACUGACCCUUUUACUCUGGUUAUUUGUCUGAAUAAACAGGGUGAAGCUUUGGGAGAUCUGUACGUAGACGAUUAUAAAUCCUAUGCCUACAGAAAUGGAAAUUACAUACAUAGAGCGUUCAGCUUCAAAAACAAUAUAUUACAAAGCAGUAAUGCGGAUCCAAAUGGAAGAGGAUCCAGCAAAGAAUGGGUGGAAAAAUUAGUGAUAGUAGGAUUUCCUAAAGCUGCAUCUAGUGUCCAUAUUACAGUUGCUGGGAAUUCUCAGUCUCUACAUCAUAGUUAUGACAGUGCCACCAGAAUUUUAACAGUUAGAAAACCUGAAGUCAAUAUAGCAACAGAUUUCACAAUCACCAUUCAGUAACCAUUCUCAUCAUUUAUCCGUACCAUCCAGAAAGAGCCAAUCAGAAAUUGUGUUACAUUUCAAAGCUCUUUAAAUUGUUUGCUGUUAUCUCAAUCUUUUUUGACCUCAAUUUAGAAUCAAAUGAAAGGUUACUUAGUACAUGGUGUGAUAAUUAUAUAGGGUUCGUAUGGACAUUUACCAAGUUUAAGAGAAUUUUAUGCUUUUAUAUAAACAAUUUUUUCAAGGAAAUCACUACCAUGCAUUUUGCAGUAUUUCAUAUGAUGUGUACUCUAAAGCUGACCAGGAUAACCUGUAUCUCCUCUUUUUGCCAAUUUAAAUUUUGUCAAAGGUUUUUUUUUUUUUACGACCUUCUAUUAUUUACAAUAGUUUCCAAAGAAUUCAGAUACAUAUGACUGCAGGUAUUUUGUUUAAAAGUAUCAAAACAUGUAGUUUUCAGGAUAGUAAAUAUGUACUUACAAAUAUUUAAAUAUAGCACAUUCCAUAUUUGUUACUGCGAGGCAUAUGAAUGCCUUGUAAUUAACAUUUGUUAAAUGAUUCUAUAAUGCUAAGUCCUAAUAGUACAGUUCUUAUUUAUUUGGAGUUUUCGUCAAGAAAGGAAAAUGUUACUAAGAUAUAGAAGAGGUUCAAUGAUAGAAGUCAUAGAUGUAUAUGUAGUCCUAUAGAUUCAAGAAAAGCAGCUGAUUACUCCGAGACUAUUGAUCUACGUUAUUUGAACAAGGAUGUAGGGUAAUUUACACUGUACUGAUUCUGUUUAUGAUUUUUAGUAUUAAAAAUAAUUUUUCAUUGAUGAUAAAAAUUAACUUCUAUGGGUUUGUGAAAUAAAUAAAACAUACAUUUCCCUGAAUGAAAAACUUUCAAAGAAAUUUUUUGUUGAGGUUGUAGAAUUCAUAGAGAAAUGUGACUCCAUUAUAUCCAAGAUGUCAUCUAAUGAUAAAACUUUUUAAAAUCAGUAAUUUAUGAAUAUCGUUAGUACUGCAAAUGGCCAAAGUGAUGCUUUUAGUGUUUCAUGAUAUCGUAUGCUAGACUUGUGAGGUAAGAAAGUGCUGUAUCAUUAGUGUAACUGAUUGCAAGAAUUAUAUCCUGUAUUAUAUAAUCUCAGGUUUCCAAAAUUUUUUUACGGUUUUGAAACUGUAUAUUUUCCUGUGACCAGACAGAAACUUACAAUAUAUACGUUUGAUUUUAAGUUGGGGUAUUAAUAUUGUGGGCGAACAUUCAUCGUUUUGGUGUUUGCGCAUGUGCUAAACUGCUUAGUGCUCCGUAUAUACAUUGUAUAUAUAUAGUUGAUAACUUAAGUGCUAUCAAAAUCCAAUAAACAAUGUAAUGCAUAAAAAUAUUUUUCAUUAAUAUUGGGAAAGUCGUGGAGUUGCAAAAUCUGUGUAUAGAUUCGCUGUACAUGUACGAAUGAUAUUGUGGAAUUUUCUGUAAAACCUCGGUGUUGUGGUGCACGUAGAACAGCUCCAAAUCCACUCAAUUCUGUUGCCAUUUGGACAGGAACAUUUGCACUAAUUAUUCUGUACUCUGUUCACUACACAUGGAAAAGAUAUUUCUUUUGUAAAUCAGCAAUAAUAUAGAAACUUCAAAUGUCCCGAGAGAAGACUCUGGGCGAAUACUAUUUUUUGUUUAUCACAUGAAUUGGUACAUAGGAGGUCACGCUGCAAUGUUUACCUGUUUAAUGUUGCACUUAAAAUUAUUUUUAGAUCGGUAAAAUACAUGUACCUAUACCUGUAUAAAACUGCUAGCCAGUAUUUGUUUAAUGAUGGGAAGAUUUGCAAUAUCAAUUGUCAUUCGUUAUCUCAGUAGAUUUCUGCUGAAAAAGUAGGGAAAUUCAACCUUGGGCAUUUGCAUACAUGUAAGUGGUUGAAGUACAGUGGAUAUGCGGUUUCACAAUGUCAUAUUUUGUGACGAAUAUUUCUGGGAACAUCAACUGUUUGUUUUUGCGAUAGAAAAAUAAUUACGCAUCGAACAUUUUUUGAAAGUGUUUUUUUUUCCGUUGUCACAAAUGUUUUGUUUGAUUAUCUACUCAUGUACAUUGUAGAUGUGUGAGUAUAUGAGACACAAUGUUGAUGAAUGUCGUACAAAUGAAUUGGUAUGGCGGUCAUGUUGAUUUAUCACCUGUCAUUCAUGUCAGUAUGUUUGGUUAUCUCUUCUUCAUGAAACUGAAGCAAAAAAUAUUGCAAGUCCAAAUUUGAGUGAUAGUCAUGAAUAAAAAUAACAUAAAAUGUAA